AUGGCCGACAAAUCAAAUUUGAGAGACUAUCGAGACGAUGUCUCUGUGGAUCGAGAUGAUAUUCCCCUGAAAGAGACAGGGUCGGACUUGGGCGACGAGGAUGAAAAGCAAGAUUACCCGCCAACCUCAAAGCUUGUUCCGAUUUUGAUAGGGUUGUGCUUCCAAUCAUUUUGUAUUGCGCUGGACAACACAAUUCUUUCCACCGCCGUGCCAAAGAUAACCGAACAAUUUCACUCCCUCGGUGACAUUUCCUGGUAUGCCAGCGCCUACCUCUUGACAACUUGCGCAGUCACUUUACCUUUCGGCAAGAUUUAUACGUAUUAUUCAACGAAGUGGACAUAUUUGAUCGCGCUUGCCUUGUUUGAGUUAGGAUCCGUGAUAUGCGCAGUCACACCGUCGUCGAAUGGGUUAAUUUUCGGCCGAGCGAUUGCUGGUGUUGGAUCAGGCGGGCUGUCCCCGGGGGCUUUGCUGGUUCUCGCAAACAGUGUGCCUCUUCAUCGUCGCGCGCUUUAUUUCGGGAUAAUUGGGAGCACAAGUGGGAUUGCGACAAUCACAGGACCAUUAAUCGGUGGCCUCUUGACCGAUCAUGCUAGUUGGAGAUGGUGCUUCUGGAUCAACUUGCCUUUUGGCAUUCUAACUGGCUUCGUCAUUUUGUUAUUCUUUGAUGAUUCGAAAGCGAAGACCAUACUUAAGAUCGGCAAACUGAAACAACUCAAACGGAUGGACCCACUGGGGAUCGCGACGUUUGUUCCCGCAAUUGUGUGUCUCCUGUUGGGACUACAGUGGGGAGGGACUAAGUACCAUUGGGAUGAUGUUCGUGUAAUCAUCGUGUUUGUUCUAUUCGGAGUUUUUGGCUCCAUGUGGGGGAUUAUCCAAGUUUGGAAACAGGAUGAUGCUACAGUCCCACCUCGUCUGCUCAAAAACCGCAACGUGCUCGGAGCAGUGGUCCACGCCAUAUUCCUUGGAGGAUCCUUUUUUGUCUUUGGAUAUUAUCUCCCAAUUUGGUUCCAGGCUGUUAAGGAGGAUACCGCUUCACAGUCCGGUAUUAACAAUCUACCGAUGGUGGUGUCAAUGAUUGUCUUCUCUGCACUGGGUGGAGUUCUGGUAAAUUUCGUGGGAUAUUAUACUCCGCUCAUGUACGCAGGAAGCGCCUUCCUCACAAUUGGCUCCGGUAUGUGCACGACGUUUACAGUGGAAAGCGGAACCCUUCAGUGGAUCGGAUACCAAGUGAUCCUUGGCCUCGGCGCGGGAGUUGGGUUCCAACAGUGCAUCAAUGCACUGCAAACUGUACUCCCAGUGCAUGAUAUACCGAUCGGCAUUGCCAUAAUUACUUUUGCCCAGAGCUUGAGCGGCGCCAUGUUCAUAUCAAUUGCUCAGAAUGUGUUUGAAAACCGCUUGGUGGCAAGUAUAACAAAGUUUGCACCCAAGGCCAGUCCAAAGGCCUUGAUCGAAGCCGGAGUUUCACAUUUGGCACAGCAAGUACCGAAGGAUGUUUUACCAUCCGUGCUUUACGCCUAUAACAUUGCCAUCACACAGACCUUCUAUGUGUCUGUUGCGGCUGCCCUCCUCUCGUUCAUUGGGGCUGGACUUGUUGAAUGGAAGUCCAUGAAGCGACGACAGAAGCUAGAUUGCAAGGAUUGA